CUAAUUUGUUCCUUUUGAUGUGGUUAUAGCGGGCAUCUUGGCCCUGCUGGACGAGAAUGAAGAUCAGCUGAGAGUGUUUGCCCUGGAGAGAUUAAAUGAGAUCACCGACACCUUCUGGCCCGAGAUAGCUGACUCCAUACAGAAGAUAGAAAGACUUGAAGAGGAUGGAGACUUCCCAAAGCAAGAGUUGGCAGCCCUGCUGGUGUCUAAAGUUUACUUCCACCUGGGGUCUUACCUGGACUCUCUCACCUAUGCCCUGCGCUCAGGUCCCAUGUUGCACCAGGACCCCAACCAACUGUACAUUGACACCAUCAAAGUACACGCCAUCGAUCAUUACAUCAAGCUACGAGCCCAGAAGGAUGCCAAGAUGGAUCCCCGACUAGAGACGCUCCUCAACAACAUGUUUCAGCGGUGUAUUGAAGACCAGCAGUACCGCCAUGCCAUAGGUAUAGCCCUGGAGACCCACCGCAUGGACUGGUUCAGGGAGGCCAUCAUGACCUCUGAUGACAUCGUAGGGAGUCUGACCUACUCGUACAAGAUAGCCAUGCAAUACAUAGAGCAGCGCAAGUUCCGCGACCAAGUUUUGGAACAGUUGGUGUCGUUGUACCAAGGUCUGGACACCCCAGACUACGUCAACAUGUGUCAGUGUUUGAUCCACUUGGACAAACCCCACGAGGUCGCUUCAAUACUCGAUAAGCUGAUUAAGAACGACAGUCUGAGGAGUGAAGUAAUGGACAACGAGCUGAUGGCUUAUCAGAUAGGCUUUGACCUGUACGAGAGCGCCACCCAGGACCUGCUGUCUCACGUACGUCAGGGUCUACGAACCACCGCCCCCGUACCUUCCCUUUUAAAAGACGUCGAUGCUCUCACCAGCACAACUACCACUACCACUGCCACCACAGCCUCAACAGGAGGAACAAGUGGGGGCACCACAGAAGAGGAGGAGAAGAACGACACAACAGCAGCAGUGGAUGAAGGAGGAGACGUAGCAAUGAGUGAAGAGAAGACACUGGAUGACCUGACAGAGCUGGAGAAGACACAUCAAAAUAGGGUAGAGAAGCUGGCCAGGAUCCUGAGUGGGGAGAUGACCAUCGAGCAGCAUCUACAGUUCCUCAUAGCCAACAACCACACUGACAUGUUGAUACUGAGACACAGUAAGGAGGCCGUGCGAGCGUCCGUCUGUCACACAGCAACGGUCAUAGCCAACGCCUUCAUGCACUGUGGCACCACGUCUGACCAGUUCCUCAGGGAUAAUUUGGAGUGGUUAUCUAGAGCAACGAACUGGGCCAAGAUGACGGCCACUGCCUCUCUAGGAGUGAUUCAGAAAAUCGUGCGUCACGGCGGGUGCCUCGGCCUGGGCCUGGCAGCCAUGGGUACGCAGCGCACUGACGUAUACGAACAGUUGAAAUAUUCCCUCUUCCAAGAUGAUGCUGUGACGGGAGAGGCGGCAGGACUGGCCAUGGGGUUAGUAAUGUUGGGGUCUGCCAACGAACAAGCGGUGUCUGAUAUGGUGAAUUACGCCCGGGACACACAGCACGAGAAAAUUCUGCGAGGUUUGGCUCAGGGCAUUGCUCUCAACAUGUACGGUCAACAGGACCAGGCGGACCGUCUCAUAACCGAACUCAGCGAAGACAAGGACGCUAUCUUACGACGUGCUGCCAUGUACACCGUGGCCAUGGCCUAUUGUGGCACCGCCUCUACGCCGGCCAUGAAGAGGCUGCUGCACGUGGCCGUGUCUGACGUGGAUAAUGAUGUGAGGCGGGCAGCCGUGGAGGCUCUGGGAUUCUUGUUGUUCAGGUCACCAGAGCAGAUGCCAAGUAUGGUGUCCCUCCUGUCUGAGUCGUACAACCCUCACGUUCGUUAUGGUGCUGCCAUGGCUCUGGGUGUUGCUUGUUCAGGCACAGGACAGAAGGAGGCUCUGGGGUUGUUGGAACCGCUCACUAACGACCCCGUCAACUUUGUUCGUCAGGGAGCUCUCAUAGCCUCCGCUCUCGUGCUCAUACAACAGACGGAGUCGACCUGUUCCAAAGUUAAAGACUUCCGUCAGCUGUAUGCCAAGGUGAUCGGGGACAAACACGAAGAUUCAAUCGCAAAGUUUGGAGCCAUCCUCGCCCAGGGUAUUAUUGACGCCGGUGGACGCAACAUGACCAUCUCUUUGCAAUCUCGAACGGGACACACGAGCAUGACGUCAGUGGUGGGCAUGUUCGUGUUCACUCAGUUCUGGUACUGGUUCCCGCUGGCCCACUUCUUGUCCAUGGCCUUUACACCAACUUGUCUUAUUGGUCUCAACUCUGAGCUCAAAAUGCCAAAGAUGCAGUUCCACUCUAACGCCAAACCCUCCACCUACGGCUACCCGGCACCGCUGGAGGAGAAGAAGAAGGAAGUGGCAGAAAAGGUAACUGCAGUCCUCUCAAUAACGGCAAAGGCAAAGAAGAAAGACGACGAGAGAAAGAAAAAGGAGCAAAAGGACGAGAAGAUGGAGGUUGACGAAGAAAAGGAGAAGAAGGAAAAGGAAGAGAAGGAGAAGGAAAAAGAGAAAGAGGAGAAGAAGAAGGAAGAGGAAAAGAAAAAGGAAGAACCGGCUUUUGAUCUGUUGAGUAACCCUGCCCGAGUGAUGAAGGCCCAGCUGAAGGUGGCGCGCAUGGCCGAGGGGUCCCGCUACACCCCGGUGAAAGAACUAAGCAUAGGAGGCAUUAUCCUGAUGAGAGACACCAAGCCUGAAGACAGUGAGGAACUGGUCCAGCCCGUGCCUGCCUUGGGUCCCAAAACUGAGGAAGAGACCGAGCCAGACCCACCAGAGCCCUUCAGAUAUGUCGAAGAUUAUUAGUUUAUAAGAAAAAGUAGAAUAUCUUAUAAUAAUAAAACUCCUUCCAACAGUGAUGCUGUUUGAAGAGUUUUACCAUGGAACAAGUAUCCCUCACAAGUUAGGUGAUAUGGUUUAUACAUGAAAAAUACUGUCCUUUUAGUUUAUUAAUAUUUGUUUCAUUAAAUAUGUCUUAAGGUAUACUGUAUUCCUAACUGUUCAGUGUUUGUAAAUGCUGGGUUUAAUUUAUUUUAAUACAGUGAGGAGUUUUAUUUGUAAAUUCCUUGUCGUUGAGAAUCUUUGAAAGUAACGUUGCAUUAAUUGUUAUUGUAUUUACCAGAAAGCACACUUUUAAAUCAAAUUAAGUUGUCAAUGGAUAUAACUUUUCAAGUAUUAAACAUUUAUUUGUUUAA